CCUCUUCACACCUCGUACGAGUACGGGUCAUAUAAGUCGUCCGCGACUCCCUCACAUGUGUCAAUCGCCUACUUAGACCAGUUGCGUAUCGUAGCUGGCUUAUGCUAGUGGCUUAAAACUGAUCUGUGGCCGUAUCGUCUCUCUACAUACCAAUACUUGCCCUCCCCCCACGUUGCCCGUCAUGUCCAUGUCAAUUGCUCCAACCGAGACAAUAACGUCUCUGUCUCUGAUUCCUGAUGUCGACGAACGAUCCUCAGUUCACUCCGUUGAUGAGGUGGACUUGUUGAAAGCCUCUUGCGUUGUCCAACAAAAGCCCAUCUCCAUCACACUAGACGGCACCGCCGUAUUCAUCGUCUCCUUGGGCGUUGUGCUCGCCAUCCACUUCCUGGACUCAUAUCUGGCCGAGGCAGUCGUGUGCCUCAUCCCCGUCGCCUUGCUCGUCCACAAUGACUACCACAACUUCCUCAACCUCGGGCCCGGAGGCACGCCGUCGACUAUCCAAGGCUAUAUCCGGAUAACCUACCUGCGUAUGCUCACCUUACGCGACCCCUUCACAGCCCCAUUGCCCGAUCCAAGCCGCGACCCCAAGACAGGCGUGCUGGCUGGGAAGCAUCUACCGUAUCGUGCUGGCCCUCGACCCGUUGUAGCUGGCAUCGCACCCCAGCGACAGCUCGACCAACACGGCUCCCGGCAGUGCUACAUCGCCCUCCGCCAGGCCAUGGAGAGGCUGAGUGCGAAGAACCUACACAAGUUUGGCACUGAGCGUUCAUGUCUGGAGAAGCACGGCCUGGCCCUCUUUGCGAGACAUCCGCUGCAGACCAACUGCCAGGGCGAGAUUGCCCACGUCCACGAUUCCGAUCACUCCAUGCACAUGUGUCUCCACCCGAAUGACAUCAAGGAAAUUCUGCAAAAGGGCUGGGGACAGAGGCAUCCGUUGGCGUGGAAGAACAGAUUCAUCCAGAUGCCCGUGUCUCAGGACUUUGUCAUGGUUUAUGCACCGAGAGAUGAUAUGGAACUUGAAAUUGUGGGCAAGAUCAUCAACGCUGCCAUUUGGUACACCCUUGCCGAAGACGUCGACAUCAACGCCAAAUGAACUCUCUAUUACCUCUUCCCUAGGAUCUAACCUCUUUUGAAACGGAUUGUAUGCUUUUCAGGGUCUUUUUGCAGCGACUGGCGUUUAUCUCUUUUAUUAUUUAUUUUGUUAUGGCAUAUAGCAUGAAAUCUUUAGCAACGAUACGAGGACUGAAUCAUGGGUAGCAA